AUGCCUGUCGUCACUCCAGAGAAGCUGGCUGCUCUGCAGAAGCAGCCCCAGGACAUUCGUAAUAUUUGCAUCCUGGCCCACGUCGACCAUGGCAAGACGUCCCUCACUGACGCCCUACUUGCUACCAACGGCAUCAUCUCGCCCAAACUUGCCGGUAAGAUCCGGUACCUCGAUUCGCGUCCAGAUGAGCAGACGCGUGGAAUCACCAUGGAGUCAUCAGCCAUAUCGCUCUACUUCUCCAUGCUUCGCCGGUCAGCACCCGAGGCUACCCCAGAGCAAAAGGAGUACCUUAUCAACCUCAUCGACUCGCCCGGCCACAUCGACUUUAGCAGUGAGGUAUCCACUGCUUCGCGACUCUGUGACGGCGCCGUCGUUCUAGUGGAUGCCGUCGAGGGUGUGUGCAGCCAGACAGUGACGGUGCUCCGGCAGACGUGGAUCGAGAAGCUGAAACCGCUGUUGGUCAUUAACAAGAUGGACCGACUGGUCACGGAGCUGCAGAUGAGUCCUGCCGAAGCGUUUGUCCAUCUGAGCAGGCUUCUCGAGCAGGUCAACGCCGUCCUGGGAAGCUUCUUCCAGGGUGAGCGCAUGGAGGAGGACCUUAACUGGAGAGCCAAGAUGGAGGAACGCAUCAGCGCGUCCACGGCCGCGAAAGAGGAGGCCAUUCUCGCGGACCAGGCCGCAGGUGCUGGUGACUCGGCAGAGGUCCAGUGGGAGGAGAUGGACGAUGAAGAGCUUUACUUUGCUCCUGAGAGAAAUAAUGUCAUCUUCAGCAGUGCUGUCGACGGCUGGGCCUUUACCAGCCGCCAGUUUGCUAGCAUAUACGAGAAGAAGCUGGGUAUCAAGCGCGGUGUCAUGGAAAAGGUCCUCUGGGGCAACUACUAUCUCGACCCUAAAACAAGGAAGGUUCUCGGCCCGAAACACCUCAAGGGUCGUAACCUCAAGCCUAUAUUUGUCCAGCUCGUCCUUGAACCAAUCUGGACCGUCUACCAGGCCACGACUGGUGGUGACGACGGAAAGGGUGACCCCGUCCUUCUGGAGAAGGUCACCAAGUCGCUCAACAUUACCAUCCCCCCCCAUGUCUCCAGGACACGCGACCCGCGCCAGCUCUUGACCACCGUCUUCUCCGCCUGGCUUCCGCUGUCAACCGCCCUGCUCGUCUCCGUUGUGGAGAGUCUGCCAUCGCCACCCGUGGCUCAGGCGGAGCGACUGCCUAAUCUGCUGGAGGAGGCUCCAGGGUAUGAAUCCAUCGACAAGGAAAUCAAAGACGCAAUGAUCUCAUUUAAGGACUCAACGUCAGACCCCGUCGUAGCCUACGUCAGUAAGAUGGUCUCAGUGCCCGAGAGCGAGCUACCGGAGAACAAGCGCAGGCCAGGGCAAAUGACGGGAGAAGAGGCUCGGGAUCUGGCCCGCAAAAAGCGAGCCGAGGCGGCAAAGGCAGCCCGAGAAGACAAGGGAGACAGCAGCAACGGCAUGGACCCCCUGGCAGAGGCCCUGGACAAUGCCGACAUCAGCGACCCUUUACCUGGGCCCGCGGAAGAGAAGCACGACCCAGAGCACCUCAUCGGCUUCGCACGUAUAUACUCGGGUACCCUGUCUGUGGGCGACAAGCUGUACGUCAUCCCGCCUAAGUGGUCGCCCGCGAAGCCGGAUGCGGAACCCCGACCGCAAGAAGUCACCGUCACGUCACUGUACAUGCUCAUGGGACGCAACCUCGAGGCACUCCCCUCUGUACCCGCCGGCGUCGUCUUCGGCAUCGGCGGCCUGGAGGGCAAGAUUCUCAAGUCUGGAACGUUGUGCAGCCGUCUUCCGGGGGCCGUCAACCUCGCGGGUGUGAGCAUGACGGGUCAGCCGAUUGUGCGUGUGGCCCUGGAGCCUGUCAACCCGCUCGACCUGGACAAGAUGAUCCAGGGCUUGAAGCUCCUCGUACAGAGCGACCCUUGCGCCGAAUACGAACAGUUCAGCAGCGGAGAGCACGUGCUCCUCACAGCGGGCGAACUGCACCUGGAGCGGUGCAUGACGGAUAUUCGCGAUAGGUUUGGGCGAUGCGAGAUCCAGGCCGGCGCCCCCAUCGUUCCAUAUAGGGAGACGACGGUGCGAGCAGAGGACAUGCGACCACCGGCGAACCGGGAACUGGGACGAGGCGCCGUCGUGGGCGUCACAAGCUCCAAGCAAGUGACCAUCUCACUACGGGUGCGUCCCAUCCCCGUAGAGGCGACCGACUUUCUCGUCAAGAAUGUCGACUCCAUCAGGCGGCUGUAUAAGACGCAACACGAGGCCGAGGAUGAGCAGCAGCAAGACGGCCAGGAGAAGAUCGAAGCCGACACGGAGCUGGCGGCCGGCAACGUGCUGUCGGUCGAGGACCUCCGGAAGAAGCUGAAGGAGAAACUGGAGCACAGCAAGGGCGGGCGAGACGUGUGGAAGAACCAGGUGGACCGCAUUGCUGCGUUUGGACCGCGACGCACGGGUCCCAACCUGCUCAUCGACGCGACCAAGGAUGGCAUCCUGUCCAGGGUAUUCGCCAGCCCUGGGGAGGAGGGGACCAGCGAAGCGCCCAAGGCAGCCGACAAGCUGGACCCGCGGCAGUUCUCGGACAAGAUCAACUACGCCUUCCAGCUGGCGACGGCACAGGGGCCGCUGUGCAGCGAGCCGAUGCAGGGUGUGGCCAUCUUCAUCGAGGAAGUGAGGCUCGAUGUCGGUUCGGGCGAGGAGUCUCUCGCGCGCGACCGCACGGGCGAGAUCAUCAAGACGAUGCAGGCGUCCGUGCGGGCCGGGUUCCUCGACUGGUCGCCCCGCCUCAUGCUGGCCAUGUACACGGUGGAGAUCCAGGCGUCGACGGACGUUCUGGGCAGGGUAUACGACGUGCUCACGCGGCGCAGGGGCCGCGUCGUGGCGGAGACUAUGAACGAGGGCACGCCCUUCUUCACCAUUCAGGCCCUGCUGCCCGUGGCCGAGAGCUUCGGCUUCGCCGACGAGAUGCGCAAACGCACCAGCGGCGCCGCCCAGCCCCAGCUCAUAUUUGCCGGCUUCGAGGUCCUGGACGAGGACCCCUUCUGGGUGCCCUUCACCGAGGACGACCUCGAGGACCUAGGCGAGCUGGCCGACAAGGAGAACGUGGCAAAGCGGUACAUGGACGCCGUGAGGAGGAAGAAGGGUCUCCUUGUCGAGGGGAGGAACGUGGCCACCGAUGCCGAGAAGCAGAAGACUCUGAAGAGGUAG